CAAUCACGCUCGCGUGACUAUGUCAAGUGUUUUUGUGGCACCUAUAGCUGCGAAAUCUGCAGAUUACAUGAAAGUCGGUCGCAUUUCUCCUUUCACAAUCAAUUGGAGAGUAAUUAUUGGUAUAUCUCUAGCGUUAGGUAUACUUUUACUUUACUUUCUCCUUUCGCCAACUGAAAAUAUUAUGGAGUUCCCAGCCGAAGGGUACCUCGAAUUAGAAGGAGAAGCAAACAGAAUUUACUAUCGAAGAGAAACUCCCAAAAAUGGGGGACGCUUCACAGUCUUGUUGCUUCAUGGUCAAGCUUUCUCUUCCCAAACCUGGGAUGAUCUCGGUACUUUAAAGUUUCUACGAGCCAAAAAUUACGACGUGGUGGCUCUAGACCUGCCUGGUUACAUGAAAUCGAUGGAAUAUGCAAAUAUCCCGAAGACAUCUGAAGAACGAGCAAAGUUUCUGAACGAGGUCAUCGAGAAGCUUCAUAUUGAACGGCCUGUGAUCGUGUCGCCUUCUAUGAGCGGUUCAUACUCGUUGCCUUUUAUUUUUCAAGGUGAAAAAGGCCGAAAUCUGCGGGGAUACGUCCCUGUAGCUCCAGUGGGCACAGAGAAAUACACUAAAGAUGAUUAUGAAAACCUUGAGUUACCGACUCUCAUUGUGUAUGGUGGAAACGACGAAACAUUGGGACUUUCGUCCUUGCAAAGGCUAAGUAAUAUCCGUGGACAUAUAAUCCAUAUCAUCAAAGAUGCUGGGCAUGCCUGCUAUUUGAAGAAUAGUGAUGAAUUCCAUGACAACGUGGAGAAGUUUCUUAGCAAGUUAAACUAAUAGUUUAAUGAUUUUUAAAUUGUUCAUUCAAAACAUUUCCCCGAUUCUGAUUGGCUAAAAGCACACGCAUAAUUCACCAUAACCAGCUAUUGAUGACCAAAUUUGGAAGAAUUUUGCAUUUAAUGAACCGAUGACAUCAAAAGUGCAGCUUUUUUGCAGGUUAAUGCACUGUUAACCAAGAAGACCUGGGGAUGAGGUUGAGUUGUUUUGGUUGUGAGAACGAAAAUGGCGGACAGUUCACUCAUUUCAAGAGUAAGAACUAAGCAAAAUAAUAGCUAAAAACAUGGCAAAAACAGCAAGAAGACAACUUGAGGGGCGACAUCUCCUAUUUGGAGAAUAUUUGCAGAGCUGAACAAAUCCUAAACACGCACUAUCGAUUGAUGGAUCGAUGGAGGUAAGCAUGUUUUAGCUGCGUUUUUAAACUAGGAAUUAUUUUGAAUGAAUAAU